UUGAUAUUGACAUAAUUUUAAAGGUUUUGAGAUAAAGGGAGCACUGACCAUUUUAUUUUUAUCAUAUAAUAUACGAAAUAUGCCUUGUGACACAGACGAAAAUGAAUUAUGUGAUGACUAUGUGGCUAUGUCAAAAAAAAUUUGUUUAAAAAUACAAAGUCAAGACCGCCGAAUCAGAAAAAAUGCUUACACGGAUUUAAAAAAGUUCCUGUCAACAAAAAGUUUGAAUAAUCAAGAAUUGCGUUCAGUAUUUUGUGAGACGCAUAUGUAUAUUUUAAAUGGAUUGAGGGACAAAACUGAAAUUGUUCGAGAAGAAGCAAUUCAAUUUCUGAACUUUUUCAUUAUAGAAGCGUUACCCUUAAAUGAUUUUUACCUUACAUAUUUAUUUCCAGUGCUGGUAGAACGGAUUGGCAGUGUAGAACUAAUAGAAGAAUCGGAGGAAGUUAGACUUCAACUGCUGCAACUUCUUAAUGCAAUAAUUUCAAAAUAUUCAAAUACAAUCAAAUUAAAACCAUUUUUAAACGAUUGUGUUAUAAUUCUUGCAGAAACUGUUAAAGAUAAAUAUCCAGCAAUUAAGGAAUUGAGUUGUGUUACUAUAAUAUUAUUAGCCAAAUCAUUGCCCAAUGAUUUCCAUAUGCAAGCUGAGAGUCUAAUAAAAUCAGUUUUAUCCUGUUUUGUUCAUCAGAGGUAUAAAGUGCGCCUUGAAUCAAUUAAUGCCAUAGGCGAAAUUAUAUUACAUAGUAGCUACAAAGGCCUCGAUGAAGUUAUUGGGCCUUUAGCGGAAAAAUUAUUUGAUCAGAUACCAGCUGUAAGACAAGCAGUGGCCAGAAUUGCUGCAAGAUGGCUUUUGGAGUAUCGAGAUCGAUAUUCAUAUUUUCACAAAAUAUUACCAUUGCUAUUAACUGGUUUAAAUGAUGAAGUAGAAGAGACCAGAAUAGAUUCUACAGUGCUAUGGGAAAAAGUUGGAAUUCAGUACCAAGAAGAAAAUGAAAAAGAUUUGAAAAAUCAAUUAGAUUACUUAUCUCUAGAACCUAAAUAUUACCCAAAAGAAGUAAAACGCCCUAAUUUAGGAUGUCGAUUUUUGGUAAAAAGAAAUGUAAGCAAAUUAUCAGGAGCUGUUUCAAGAGAAUUGACAAGUUGGCAGGAAGAUGUCAGAGUUAGAUGCAGUCAGUUAUUGUGUAUAUUAAUUUUACAUGCAGAAGAUGGAAUAACACAAAAUUUACAGGAUUUAUUACCAGCCAUUUAUUCUGCAGCUAGAGAUGACGAUCGUAGAGUGAAAAAAUAUCAACUGGAGCUUUUGCAGUGCUUAAAAGCGUUGGCAGAAAAGCAUGAAAAUAGAAGCAAUACCACAACCUAUAAUUUAUUUAAAAUAGCUGUAACCUUGUUGUCGUUAAGACAUCCAGAUACUGCAGAAGAAAUAUUUUUAGAAGUAUUUGAUGAUAUUAAAAUAACAUUGGAUUUACAGAGUACUAAUAUUUUAUGGAAACUUUAUACACAACCGUUGCUGAAGCACAUUAAUAUCAAUCCAAAAAUAUGGACCACUGUCACUGAUAAUGCCUGUAUAUAUUUAACUAUUCUUUGUCAUUCAAAAGAAGCUUUUGGAGAAAAUUUGGAGUAUAUUCAAUCUAUUUUAAAUGAAUUAUUUGACCCUGAAGCAGAUGCUGAGAUGAAAUUAAAGACGCUUUACGUCUUAGCAAAUAUUUUUGAAGAAAAAGGUGUGUUUCUGAGAAAUACUGUCGAUUUAACUCCAUUCUUCGAAAACAUGGUCAAAGUUGUUUUUGUACCAUCAUUGGUAUGGCACGCUGGGGCGACUGCUGAAGCGCUUCGUACUAUGGCUGUUUUAUGUCUUAGAAAUGUAUUAAUUUCAAAUAAGAAAAUAGGUAUUUUCAAUAAAGAAGAUUUACUAAAAGAAGUUAUGAAUGAACUGUUGCCGCUGCUUAUUUCAAUAUUAGAAGAUGCAUCGUACAGAAGUAGACAGUUAGCUUUAGAAUGUGUGAUAUUAUUAAAACAUAUAUGUUGCGAGAAGAAUAUUUGGGCCAUUGAAGAUUUAAUAAAAGUAUACCCAGAAAUUUUGAAAAGGUUCGAUGAUCCUACCGAAAAAGUGAGACUCUGUGCUUUGAAAAAUAUUUCUUUAUUUUUUGACAAUCCUCCAGAAGAAUUUAAGAAGAACUGUUAUAAGGCUCAUCAUGAAUUAAUCAUUGAUACACUUUUAACUCAUUUUGAUGAUGAAGAAGAAGAUAUUCAAGAAAUGGUUUGUGUUUCCUUCCAACAGGCAAGAGAAUUAGUUCAGAUCUGGACGAAGAUUGUGCAGAACGAAAUUCGCGUUCCAACUGAUUCUGGUAGUACUUACAGCUUUCCAACAAUGAUCGAACUAGUUCCGAACUGA